UGCGCGUGGAAUUGGCGCUCAGUUUAACACGCGCCGGCGUACCGUGCGUCUCGUUUAUAAUUUUUCCUCCAAUUGUUCAAUCACCCGGUGGAUGGAUGGCGAUUUAAAAGGUUACGUGCGACGCGUCGGGUACUAGGGAGACAAUUCAUCGUCGUGUUGUGUUUUGUUUUCUCUCCUCGACGCCAACGGCCGAGGGAUCCGUGCGCGGCGAUGAUCCACGUCGCGAAUGUCCGCGUCAUCCGCGUGUAGAGUGGUGUUCCGCGGCUCGCAGCAUCUGUCAGUGUUCCCGCGGUACGUUUGAUCGUAGGGUUUCGUUUCCUCCUUUACAUCAUCGGUGCAGCGCGAGAUGACGAGCGAGACCCCGAAAGUGGAGUUCGCUCUCGGCAGCGAAGUCUCGCCGGGUCGCUUCUUCAAGAGCGCGUUCGCGCGAAAUUUCAUCAGUAGCGGCCGCGAUUGCAAGUCCCUGGAUUACGAGUUGCUCGACAACGUCGAGAGGAACGAGGAUGACCGUAACAACAACGGACGGAACAACAAUUUUUUCUCGCUCGUGAAUUUCGCGGACGGCAGACCGGCGAACGGCGACGACGCGGCGCGAACCACCACUUUCUGGGAGCAACCGAAGCCGAAGGAGGCGGCACAGCCGGCUGCAGAUGCGAAUGAAUUGGAGAAACUUCGAAAGCAAUGCCAGUCGUUGAAGAAGGAAAACCGAAGGUUGCAGAGCGCCUUCCUGCAAAACGUCUUUCUUCAAGCGCGAGUCGACACGCUCCAAUGGCAGGUCAAACAGGUCGAAUCGAACAGGCAAAUGUAUCGUUCUACGAUGGAACAGGUGGCUCAUUUCUUGGGCCGGGCUCACAGGAGCCUGGAGAUCCUGCAUGCCAAGGAAAAUUCCAAGGACAAGAGACGUGUGCCACGUAGCCGCAGCGUGCACACGGUGAUGCACGCGGAUCCAUCGCCAAGUCGCGGAAACGCAACGCCAUCGUCCUCGUCGACAUCCUCGCCGUUCACACGCGCCAAAUCGGUCACACAGAUCAGUUCGCCAAGCCCUACCUGCUUCCGCGAGUUCACCUGGUCGGUUCUGCGAAGAAACGACCCGGUGCACUGUACAACGCCACGUGUUAAGCCACCGCUGGAUCUCAGUAAGACGAACGACGUUCCCGAUAACGUCGUUUAUCGCGAACCCAAGCAGACAGAACUGAACCCGGAUGAGAUACCACCGGAGAAGUUGUCUCAGGAGGCGUUUAGGUUAUUGAGGACCGUCGAGUCCUUGCUGUCGAUGCGAGAGCCCGAUUUAGCGAGAAUGACGCCGGUCGAGGAAAAUGGAUCUCCUUCUCCUACGGUGGAUCACCAUCGUCAUCAUGACACGUCUUUCUCCCUAUCGAGCAGUAACUUCGCCAAUUCGACAACCUUACAAGAAGCCACAGUCUCUUCUGGAUGCUCCAAUAGUAGUCGCGGAAACGAAUCGAGCAGCGGUCAUCAGGACGACAGUAGAUCGUCAAGCCUCGUCAAAACGUCUGUCAUCGAGUUUACCCGAAAUUUGCAGAGCUUCGUACCGAAUGUGAGAAGGUCACCUGACACUGCCUCCUGGAACUCGAGUAGCAGUAAAACGACAGAAGAGGAGGACAUUCUCGCGCUUGCCGCGUCAUCAAAUGGAGUCACGUCCAACGGUACACCAAUUUCGACGCUCAGCAGGGCUACGAAGCGAUUAGAGAAGAAAGAAUCAACAGGUCUAGCUGGUAAACCUAAAGUAAAACCGGCCAGCAGUCCGGUGAGCAGCGCCGAGGGCGAAAGUGGAUUCUUCUCGAUCAGCUCCUUCCAGGAGGUAGGCCUACCUGCUUCGGCAACCCUAUCGAUCACGCCGAUGAAAGGCUGCCACACCGAGGUAGGUCUUCCGGAAGUGCCUCUAGACAAGACUAGGCAUCGACGGUGGUCCUCCACACCGGCGGAGAUUCAGGCGCUCUUCAAACAGCAUCGAGCAAGCAUCGGCGGCAUGCCGCAAACCACCACUGAGUCCGUCAGCGUUUGUUGGGUUUGAGUGUCGCGGGUGCCGCGCCGAUUAUGAUCCCACCGCAAACAAUCGUCAUGGUUUUAGUCGGAUCUCGCAGACUAGACUAACUCGGACCACGAGCAUGAUUUUCAGGAAUAAUACUUAGAUAAAUCGAUAGAAAAUAUUCAUACGGAAAGGACGGUUCUGUUGAAAUGUUUAAAAAUUUAGCUCCAUAUAGAUCUGAAAAUAAUUUUAUUAAACCAAAAUCAAAAUAAUUAUGUAGGACGUUUAAGAUGGUUGCUGAAAUGCUAACAUUUUUUUUUGCAGCAUUAUUUAACAUACUUGAGAUUUCUACGUGAUUAUUUUGAUGAUUUAAGAAAAUUAUUUUCAAAUCUGUGUCUAGCUAAGUUUUUAGAUAUUCCAGUAAAUAGUUCUUUCCGUGCAGUAACUUUGUAAAUAAUUUCUUACGCAGUCGCUUCUUUCGUUACGUUGAUAAAAUAUGUAGAACAAUAGUGAUGAAGCGAUCGAUAAUAAUUGCGAUUCGUUCGAUCGCUCCGAUAAGAUGACUUAAGGUACAUGAAACGUUGUUUCGUUGCUACACGGUACGAUACCGAUGCAUGCAAUUUGUUAAACUUUCUUAUAAGAAAAUUAUUUAUCGGAAUGUAUUAACGAAAAUAAAAAGCCGUAUAAAGAAAAUAAGAAUUGAUAUACGCGUGCGUAACUGAGCAAGUUUCGUAGAUGCGGCCAUUCUAAGUAUAGAAAAGAAGGGAUAAUCCCGACAUUUUGCAAUCAGCCAUAUUUCUUGUAGUUUCAUUGUAUGGAAAGAAUGCUUUUGCUAAAUUAUUUAAAAUUUAGCUAAAUGCCGAUCAGAAAAUAAUUUUGUGGACCAUCAAAAUAAUUGCAUAGAAAGUGGAUUGCUAAAUCAUCAAAACAUUGUUUAUUACGCUUGAAAGUCCAAUAUAGUUAUUUUAAUGGUCCAACAAAAUUAUUUUCACACCUCUAUCUGGCUAAAUUUUCAGACAGCAAAACUAUUUUUUUCACUGAUAUUCCGUAUUUAUUAAUAACGAUGAAACUUCUACCCAUCCCUGCAAAUGUACAUAUCGCGCGAUUAUCGAUGAUUUCGUGCAUGACAAUGAUUUUGUUCACCAGAACGGGCAAGUUUAAGAAAUCUUUGAGUACAUUUUGCAAUUGACAAUUGAUCAUUCUCAUUUGACCAUUAUUGAUUAAUUAGGCAUUAUUAACAAAUUAAUUAUUUUUCGAUUCGAGUUAAUUUGAUUCAGUUCGAAUAUAAAACUAU